AAAGCUGACAGACUUACCCCAACAACUUAGGGAAGAUGGCCCAGGCAGGAGGAGUCGCUCCCAAAUCCUAUUGUCCCCUUCCCUGAGCCAGGGGGUCAGGGAGAACUUUCCCACCCCAGGCGCAACAGGAGAUGGCUCCGUGGCCUCACAAGAACGGCUCUCUGGCUUUGUGGUCAGAUGUCCCCAUGUUGGACCCCAGUGCAGCCAACACAAGUGGGUUGCCAGGGGUGCCAUGGGCAGCGGCAUUGGCUGGGACGUUGUUGGCGCUGGCCACGGUGGGAGGCAACCUGCUGGUAAUCGUAGCCAUAGCCCGCACGCCGAGACUCCAGACCAUAACCAACGUGUUCGUGACUUCGCUGGCCACAGCUGACUUGGUAGUGGGACUUCUCGUAAUGCCACCGGGGGCCACUUUGGCGCUGACUGGCCAUUGGCCCUUGGGUGCAACUGGAUGCGAGCUGUGGACGUCGGUGGACGUGCUCUGUGUAACCGCCAGCAUCGAGACCCUGUGCGCCCUGGCUGUGGACCGCUACCUAGCUGUCACCAACCCUCUGCGUUAUGGCACACUGGUUACCAAGCGCCGAGCUCGGGCGGCGGUGGUCCUGGUGUGGAUCGUGUCCGCCACAGUGUCCUUUGCGCCCAUCAUGAGCCAGUGGUGGCGCGUAGGGGCUGACGCUGAGGCGCAGGAGUGCCACUCCGAUCCGCGCUGCUGUUCCUUCGUCUCCAACAUGCCCUACGCGCUGCUCUCCUCCUCCGUCUCCUUCUACCUUCCGCUCCUGGUGAUGCUCUUUGUCUACGCGCGAGUGUUCGUCGUGGCUAAGCGUCAACGGCGUUUACUGCGCCGGGAGCUGGGCCGCUUCCCGCCCGAGGAGUCUCCGCGGACUCCAUCGCGCUCUCCGUCCCCUGUCACAGGCGGGACAGGCUCGGCUCCGGAUGGAGUGCCCUCCUGCGGCCGGCGGCCGGCGCGGCUCCUGCCGCUUCGGGAACACCGCGCCCUGCGCACCUUAGGUCUCAUUAUGGGCAUCUUCACUCUGUGUUGGCUGCCCUUCUUCCUGGCUAACGUACUGCGCGCCCUCGCCGGGCCCUCUUUGGUUCCCAACGGGGUUUUCAUCGCCCUCAACUGGCUGGGCUAUGCCAACUCCGCCUUCAACCCGCUCAUCUACUGCCGCAGCCCAGACUUCCGCGACGCUUUCCGCCGUCUUCUGUGCGGUUGCGGUGGCCGCGGGCGGGAGGAGCCACGCGCUGUCGCCUUCCCAGCCAGUCCGGCGGGAGCCACAGCGGCUCGGGCCAGCUCAGCCGAGUUCAGGCAAAGCCGGCCGCUCAACAGGUUUGCUGGCUAUGGAGGUGAGCGGCCAUUUCCCCCAUGAAGGACCACCGAGAUCCAGCAAGGAACCUAGUGAGUCCCCAGGCUGAAAAACCUCAUCUCUCG